GAGUCAGAGUCAGUUGAGGUUUUGCCCUCGUACGAGUCGGUUAUAGAUUCCGAGCAAUGGCAGACGCCCAGCCAGAGUUCUAGCCAUUGAACUGCAAUUCAAUAGAACUUCUUUGGUGUGUAUUCUCCGAUCACGUGCGAAACAGUAGCUGUUUCAAAAGGAUAACCCUGUUGUGUAGAUAUGUGGGACUAUUGGCCAGCUGUAUAGAACGUUUAACGGUUGUGCGUGCCCCCCCUCCCCCCUCAACUUAAUUGUAGCCCCUGGUUUGCGUUAGCGGACAUGAGUAAAUGGUGAAGCACAACAUCUGGGAGGAAUACUCUUCUUGAUUUCGACAGCGCAGGAACUUCAAACAGUGCUGCAAGGGACAAGCAAUGGAUUUCGUUAUUUUACAAGUCAAUGGCGUGGACGUGUCCAAGUCGUCGCAUGAAGAAGCCCUUGGCGUAUUUCUAUCGGCGUCAGAACCAAUAUUAGUGCAGAUGCUUCGACGUGCUCCUGGUAAUUCUUCGUCGUCGGAAUUAUCUCCAAUUAAGCCGAAAUCUACCAUAAAAGAAAGCGCCAUUUCAUCUUCUCCGACAUGCAACAGCCAACGGACUUGCUGCCUUCAUGAACACGAAGUUUACGGUGGGAUCAGAAAUAGCGUUCAAGUUCAAACCGACUGGGCAGGAGUGAAUCUACCCGUCUGGAGCGCUAUUGAUUUCUAUCACCAAACCGAACAACUCGCCGAAAAUGAUGACGUAAUUGAAGAAGAACAAGAAAUGGAAUACGAGGAAAUCAAGCUGAAACGGAGGAAUUCUACGGAUAAAUUGGGUCUAACAUUAUGCGAUGGUCUGCCAGUAUCACGAAUAAAUUACGAUGAUACUGGUAAACAGGCGCCAGCGGUGGACACGAGCAAUUUCACCGAGAAGAAAACAAUGAACAAGAUCUAUGUUGAAACAAACGACAACGCUACGGAAUGUGAAGAGGAUGAAGCUUGCGUCGAUGAAGACAACACGGAAAGCGAAGAUAAAGAAGUCUAUAUCCAAGCAAUCGCCGAAGAUAGUCUUGCGGCAGCCGACGGAAGACUUCUUCAAGGCGAUGUCCUUUUGCAGAUAAAUGGUGUAGAUGUUCGAAAUCGAUAUCAAGCCGAGAACUUGUUUGCUACCACCGGACCUGAACUGACGUUGCUCGUAUCUCGGCCACAUAAUCAAGCUGAUCCCUUGGAUGUGCUGUCUGUAGCUUUCCCUUAUCCUGAGCUUGAUGAAGAAUUCCUAGAAGAUGGAGAAUCAGAAGAAGACGUUCAAGUCGAGGGCGACGAAGAGAGAAUAUUGGAAGACGAAGAAAAUGAGAAAGGCGAUGAUAAAACGAGGGAAACUGAAAAUCAACAACUUCAAGCUUUGUACCUGCAGGAAAGGCAUAGCCAUGAAGUUGAAUGGCGUCAGGACAGUGGCUUUGGCACUAGCUCUCUGCCGCGUAGUUCUAGCGAUCAGGAUCCGAAUGAGGGAUCUUUUGAAAGAACCGCUAGAUCACGGAUGAGUGAUGGAUCGACACCGAGUCAGACAACCGAAGAAAUACAAACAGGCCCGUACACGUCGACAGUACCAUGUACCAAUCAGAUAAACAGCGAUAUGACAGCUGAUAAAAGACUGAACAUGGUCAAUAGAAAAAUGGAAUCGUUGGAACUAGAAUGCCUGACUGCCGCCACUCGUUAUUCCAGACGAACGACCCAACACCAGACAAGAAAACAGGAAAAUGAAAAAGAUGAUUCAGAUCACAUUUAUGAAACAAUCUCGGAAUGUUUGGAUCAGGAACCGGUUUAUUCGACUCCCUACGAACUACCCCCGGAGACAGUCAACGGCAAGCCAGUCACGAGCCAUUCUUUCAGCUCUCGUGCUUGUCGUGGCGUAGCCGAAAAGUCAGGAAUGAAAGAUAAUAUUCCGCUUUCGGGACCUACCCUAGUCAAGAGCAACGUCCAAUCUUUGUACAGAAAUCAUUGCAAACGUGGGAUGCCACGGUCCGAUCGAGUUGAGAAGACAAACGAUGUCGAGCAGUGGAUCCGCCAAGCAGCCGCCGUAUCUCCGUUGCAACAACUCUAUGCCCAACAGAACGGUUCAGGUGAAUCGAAAAAGAUGGCCGACUGGAGGGGCACAACUUCUACUAAAUUGAGUUCCAGCAGUGGCGAUUCGAGCGGACGGAAAGAAAAGAAACUUAGCAACGUCACCCAGAAAAGAAUUGCUAACGAAGACGAGAUGAGAAAAUCGACCGUUCGCAAUCGUCACAAAUCGAAUCAUGCAAGCGUGGGCGAGGAUCGGGAUACUUCCAGUGCCUAUAACACUGGAACUGGGGAAUCGUGGCAAAGUGCUCACUUGUCGCCGCCUUUCCAGCAGUUGCCACCUGGACGAAGUUCUGCGCAAUACGAGCAGUGUCUUUGUUGCCAAAAGAAACCUAACGCAGAAUGGAUGCAAUCGUCGCUCUCUCUUUCUAUCAUCGUGUCCGGUGACCAGCUUGAUCCUGUCUCUGGCUCUCUGAUUCCCACCAAUCAAAUAGCUGACUGUGGCCACCAAGCACAAAUUUCGACCCGUCUGUUAGGGCAUGCACAACUUUAUCCUGUGAAAGCUGUCAGCGGUGCCCCCUUGACCGCACGAGGGAGCCACAGAGAACUAAAAGGCAAACUGCUCAACUUGGUGACGUUGGGAAAAGUAGGAUUGUUAAUCGAACCAAAGAGAAUGGCAAUAAUCGCCUAGCUCGAAAUGAU